AUGGAUAAAGAAUUUAAUGUCACAUAUAUAACCUUUGCUGGGCAUAUGGAAGUGCAGAAAUAUAAAUAUGUUUAUUUUAUGAUAGUAUUUAUAACAUAUAUUCUUAUAAUCUGUAGCAAUUCCACCAUCAUUUGUCUGAUCUGGAUUCACCGAAACCUCCAUGAACCUAUGUACAUUUUUAUUGCAGCUUUGUUGUUGAAUUCUAUCCUUCUGAGCACUGUGGUCUACCCAAAACUAUUGAUUGACUUUUUAUCUGAAAAGCAGGUCAUAUCUUAUUCAGCCUGUCUGUUUCAGUAUUUCAUGUUCUAUGCUUUUGCAAGUUCUGAAUACUUACUGUUGUCAGCCAUGGCCUAUGACAGAUAUGUGUCUAUAUGUAAACCUCUGCAAUAUCCAACUAUCAUGAGAAAAACUACUGUAACACUUCUACUGGUUUAUGCUUGGCUUGUUCCUAUUAUUCAGCUAGGCAUCUCAGCAAUACUGAUUGAUAGGCAAAAGUUCUGCACAUUUACUUUGCAGACCGUUUUUUGUAGUAACUCAAUUCACAAACUUUACUGUGUAGCUUCACGAACAUUAACAAUAUAUGGCUUUGCUCUUUUGACAAAUCUUUCAAUUUUACCUGUGAUAUUCAUACUUUUUACAUACGCCAAAAUAUUUAUAAUAACAUAUCGUAGCUCUAAAGAAGUCAGAAAAAAAGCUGCACAGACCUGUUUACCCCAUCUGCUGGUUUUAAUUAACUUUUCCUUGUUAUCUACAUAUAAUAUUAUAAUAGUUCGGCUGGAAGCUGAUGUUCCAAAAACUGCAUAUUUGAUUACAACUUUACAGCUUGUUUUGUAUCCUCCUCUUUUCAAUCCAGUCAUAUAUGGACUAAUAAUGAAAGACAUUUAUGCACAUUUUAAAAAUUUGUUCUGUUCACUUAAACAGUACCGUCAGAACGUCACCGCCUGGCAAAUCCAGAGGCCUGACAGGGUACAGAUGGAGGCGAGGGCCCCUGUCGUCGAGAGGGGAGGUGACCCGAAGGACCGUCAGGUGGUGCUGGCCAAGAGCCAGCUCCAGUUUGGCCAGUGCCGUCAGUACGGGCAGUCUUUCCAGUGGCGGCUCAGCAACGAUGUGGGCUAUGUGCAGUGGAUCAGGGAGCAGUCAGUGGGAGCAGGGUCCAGGCUGGAUGACUUGAAGAGGUGUGUGCUGGCCCAGGAUGUGGAAGCCCAGCCAGCACACAGCCUCCCACAUCUAUGA